GGCGUCGUCCGGCCGUUGUGAGAAGGCACACAGGAGGCGAUGGAGGAGGAGGAGGCCGACGCCGCCGCCGCCUCGGCCGGGCUCAACGACCUCCCCGAGGCGGUGCUCCUCCACAUCUUCGGCUUCUUGUCGGUCGGCGAGGUGCUACGAGUCAACAGAGUCUGCAAAUUUUGGCGUAGACUCGCACGCGACAGAUGUCUAUGGAAGAAUGUGGACUUAACACCCUAUAAGCUGGACGCGCGCACACUGCGCCAGGUGCUCCGCCGGCAUGGCUCGGCAGCCCUGCACUCGCUGAGCUUGCGCAGCUCCCUGCUGCACCGCCAGAACUCCCGCCGCCACUUCCUCACGGAUGCCGUGCUGCGGGAGGUGGGCCGCUCGAGCCCCAGCCUGCACACGCUCGACGUUUCGCACGCCAACCUUCGCCACCUCUCGUUCGCCAUGCUGCCCGCAUCGCUGCGCACGCUGCGCCUCAGCAUGUGCGAGAUGCCACGCGACUGGCUGAGCCGCUGUGACUCGGUGGGGCCUAGGCUCACGUGCCUGGAGGUCGCCAACGUCCCGUCGUUCAGCAACGACGCGCUGGUGGAUGCCGCACGUGGCCUGCCGCUGACGGCGCUGUCGCUGAGCCUCGCGUACCGAGUGACGGACAACGGGCUACAUGCCUCGUGCGAGAACUUUGGGGCUCUGCAGCGGCUGCGUCUGAGCCAGGGCAGCAUCACCGACCUCGGCCUGCACCACAUCUGCCGGCACAUGCCCGCCCUUCGCAAGCUCGAGCUGUUCCGAUCAAACAAGCUGACCGACGCGGGCCUGGCCUGCUUCGGCCGCAGCCUGCCCCUCCUCUCCACGCUCGUGCUCUCUGGCUGCGCAUUCACCGCAAAGGGCAUUGGCCAGGCGUGUCGGGAACUACCCGCCCUGCGACGACUCGAUUUGGCCGAGCUGCAGCUGACGGAGCAGGAGGCGGAGCAGAUCCGCAGAACGUUGCCCAAGUGCAACAUCGUCUUGCGGGAGCCUCCGGAAAGAAACCCGCCCGGCGGUUUGCUGCAAGCGCAGGUGUUUGUCGGCAGGAAUUAAAGACCCGUGAACAAUCUGAAAGCGUGAUACUAUGGAAAUAUAAUCGUACUAACAACAAAAAACAAGCUUGUAUAUCGCCUUUCACUGCAAGUUAUACCAAGGUACAUUACCAUGUCCGCGGAAUAUAAAACUACAAAAUGUUAAAAUAUGAUGUAUCCCAUUCAUCGUAUGAAGGUGUGAAUUGAAUGGAAGUAAAAAGCAAUUGGUUUCUCAGGCCACUGCUGGAAAUAAGGCCUCAACUAGAGGAAAUUAGAGCUCUUCGAGAGGGUAUUUGUUUUACUCUUCCAAGCUUGAAAAGGAUGUCUACAUAAAAAAAAAUAUGCCAAAACCACCUGUGCUAUUAUUAAAAUGAACGUAUUUGGGUAUCUGUCCGGUGGGUUUCUGCCUAGCCACUAGAUAGUUCUUUGUAAUUAUAUGUUGGGGAGUUAUUUACCGUCUAUUGGCCACAUACUCUUAGCAUUGGGCUGAGUGAAAACUAAAUUUUCACGGUGCGCAUUUUUGCAGUUGGUGGCUGGACCGAAACUAUCAAAUGUCUGCGCAUUAGAAACUGGUUUAGCUCAAGAUGUGAAUGCAAGAUCGUAGCAGUGAUUACUCUGAUAUUGUAUUUAUGUCCAUAAAUCACUCGACCUCUGAAAAGUUGGUUCUUUUGAUAGUUAUUAAGAGGCUGGGUUAGGUUGUACUUGGAGGCCACCUUUUGGAAAAAAUACCUGAUAUGUGCAUAACAAUCUCCAGAAAUACUGCAAUUGUAAUACUUUCACGUUAAGCACAUUUUUGAGGUCUACUGCAAAUAAAAUUCAAAUAAACUUA